AUGGAUUAAUCCGCAAAGAUAACACUUAAAUGCCAAAUAAACGAUCAUAAUGACAGCAUAAAUGCUAUUUGUUAUAACUAAUAUUGCAAUGAAUUCAGAUUCAAUUGUUUUAAAUGUUCUAAGCAAGGAAUCCAUCGAAAUCAUAUGGAGGAUGUUGAACAAAUAAGUAGCCUAUCUGAAUUUGUAGAAAAUAUGAAUAAAUAUUUUCGAGAUUUUAAAGGCAGAUAUACAAGUAUAAUAUAAGGACUCGUUAAAUCAUCAGAAGAAUUGAUGAAGGGAAUGGAAGAAAAAUAUUACUUACCAAAGGAGAGGAUAAUGAUUUUGAAUUUAUAAUAAUUAAAUGAUUACUUGAAUUCAGCUAUCCAAUUUGAUGAAUACAAAUAAUCAAUUAUACCUAUCAUUACAGAUAUGACUAAAAAAAUGGAACAUUAAUUUAGCAAUUUAAAGGAAUAACUAAAACUAUAUGAAAAUACUUAUUUUAUCAAUGAUAUUAAAUACUCAUAAGAUAUAUUUUAGAAAGGUAAAUUUAUCAAUCAAAUUUUUAGGCUAUAAUUUAUAUUGUAGAGGGGAAUUUUAGGAUUCUAUAGAAUAAUUAAAUAUAUCAAUUUAAUUAGAUCCUUCUAAUUUUUAGGCAUUAUGGUGUAAAGGUAAUGAUAAUAAUUGAUAAUUAGGUGCAUGUUUAAGGUUUUUGGAAUAAUAUAAGGAUGCAUUAGUUUGCUUCGAUUAAGCAAUAGAAAUUAAUCCUAAGCAUGUUAAUUCUUUAAGUAAUAAAGGUAAAUUAAAUGUAAAUUCAAUUAUUAGGUGCAUGCUUAAGAAUAUUAGAGAAGUAUGAAGAAUCAUUAAGUUGUCUAAAUUAAGCACUCUAAUUUGAACCUUAUAACUCUUUUUCACUUCAAACUAAAGGCAUUUUAUUAUUCUAUUCUCUAGGAUAAUUGUUAGAAGAUUAAGGAAACUAUGAUGAAGCUUUGAUUUAUUAUCAAAAAUCGUUGAAGUUCAAACCUGUUGAUUAAUAUGUAAAAAAAUUAAUUGGUAUUUUUGAUUAAAUAAUUAAUUUAGAGAAUUGCGAGUAGAUUUGUGCGCAGAAAUUGAAGCUAUGA